GCCGGGAGGUUGGGGAACUCGGGAACCGGAUGGGAGGGGGGACGGGAGGAAGAGGUCGGAAGCCGGGAGAGUGCAGAGGUCGGAGUUGGGCAUUAGGGUUUAGGGCUGGGCAGUGAUGUGGUUCUCUUUUCGUCUCGUCGCUCCUUUUUUCCGCGAGCUGCGAUUUGCUUGCUUCACGAGUGGGGAAGCUCGUUAGAAGGAAGAAACUCAGCAAGCGCAUUUCCGCUUCCUUCCACGGGACGGACGCAAGCAUCAAUCCCCAGAAACGCAGGAAACUAUCCACCUCGUGCAGUUAUCUGUGGCUGGCUGGCUGUCUGGCUGUCUGUGUCUGUCGGUGGGUUGGUCCGUCGUUCAGUGUGUAUAACGACAACAAAAGACAUUUAUACAGAUUGAUAUUUUCGCAGUUCGGGAAAUUAAGCAGCGCAUAGCGCAGUGAUCGUUCUUCUCGUCAAGAUGGCGAAGCGGGGUUUGAUGGAGCAGGACUUGAAGAAUCUGGAUGUCACCAAGCUGCAUCCUUUGUCGCCGGAGGUCAUCUCCCGACAGGCCACAAUCAACAUCGGAACAAUCGGGCAUGUGGCUCACGGGAAGUCCACUGUCGUGAAGGCCAUAUCUGGAGUGCAAACUGUGCGCUUCAAGAAUGAAUUGGAGCGUAACAUCACAAUCAAGCUGGGUUAUGCUAAUGCGAAGAUUUACAAAUGUGAAGACGACAAGUGCCCUCGGCCAAUGACCUACAAGGCGUAUGGUAGUGGAAAGGAGGACGCACCAUUAUGUGACGUCCCUGGAUUUGAGUCUACACGAAUGAAGUUAUUACGACAUGUGUCAUUCGUCGAUUGUCCAGGGCACGACAUUCUCAUGGCUACUAUGCUUAAUGGUGCCGCUAUCAUGGACGGAGCUCUUCUCUUGAUUGCAAGCAAUGAAAGUUGCCCUCAGCCCCAAACGUCCGAGCAUCUGGCUGCCGUGGAGAUUAUGCGCCUGAAGCACAUAAUUAUUCUGCAAAAUAAGAUCGAUCUUAUCCAGGAAAGCGUAGCUAUCAAUCAGCACGAGUCCAUACAGAAGUUUAUUCAGGGUACCAUCGCAGACGGAGCGCCAGUUGUGCCUAUAUCAGCUCAGCUGAAGUAUAAUGUCGACGUUGUUUGCGAAUACAUCGUGAACAAAAUUCCCAUUCCCGAGCGUAACUUUGUCGCGCCCCCCAAUAUGAUUGUCAUCAGGUCCUUUGAUGUUAACAAGCCUGGUGCCGAAGUUGACGACAUCAAAGGAGGUGUAGCCGGUGGCAGUAUUCUUCGGGGAGUCUUGAGAGUGGGCCAGAAGAUUGAAGUCAGGCCUGGUAUCACAGCCAAAGAUGAGAGUGGGCAGAUCAAGUGUACACCAAUCUACUCCAGGAUUAUUUCUUUGUAUGCAGAGCAAAAUGAACUGCAGUAUGCUGUACCGGGUGGUCUAAUUGGAGUUGGAACCACCAUUGAUCCCACCUUGACCCGUGCUGAUAGGCUGGUGGGUCAAGUACUGGGAGAAGUAGAUGCUCUGCCUGACGUGUUCGUGGAGCUCGAGGUGAAUUUCUUCCUCUUACGACGACUGUUAGGUGUGAGAACCAAGGGUACAGAGAAACAAGGGAAGGUGUCUAAGUUGGCCAAAGGUGAAGUGCUCAUGCUCAAUAUUGGAUCUAUGUCCACUGGUGCACGAGUCUUGGCCGUGAAGAACGACCUUGCUAAGUUGCAGUUAACCUCUCCUGUCUGCACGAGUAAGGGUGAGAAGGUAGCUUUGAGCAGAAGAGUGGAAAAGCAUUGGCGUCUGAUUGGAUGGGGUCAAAUACAGGCCGGCAUGAUGCUCGACGUACCAAAGGUUGCAUAGUGAGUGACAACCUAUUUAAAAUUGGUUAAGAGCCAAAGCAAGCUACCGAAGAGAGAGUCGUCGAGUUAAUAGAAAGGAAGCUUUUUAGAAAGCUAAAAGUUCACCGAUGUGGAUAGGAAGAGAGUUGUUGGGAUCAAUUUUUGUAAAGUGGCGGAGAAAACAGUACUGCCCUGAUGUCUUAUGUUUGAGUAACAAGAGUGUUUUGACUCAUAGUAGGUUGCCCUCAUUGGGCUGUUGGGUGUUGCCGACCAGCGUUAGGGAAUGUGAGGCGAGUGGAUCUCUACCUGUUUCGAUAAUAGUCGAAAAAUUUAUCACUUCAGCUACACGCCGU